GAAGCAAGCGAGAAGCGUGCCGUCGUCCUCACUCCUCAGCCCGCAGCCCGCAUCCCUACUGUCUCACCGCGCUAGGGAACAAGAAUCACUCAGCUGCUGAUGCCACCAAUUGCUGUUCGUUAAACGGGGGCCGACUGCAGAUUCCUGAUGAAAGAGUCCUAGGGACUGUACCAUCUUGUUUCUUUUCUUUGUUCCUCCUUCAUUCCAACCUCCCACCUGUCCACCUGCCAUAUACUACCUUCGAAAGAUCCCCCUCUCCCCUCCCCUCCUCACUACACCCACUGCACACCGACAUAGACAGGCAAUCAUAAACCAAGAUGGCUGGCGUGGUGAAGAAUUUACUAGAGACCCUCCAUAUUACCUCCUCAGACAAAGAAGCCCCACCUCGAGAGCCAACUGCCGACGAGGUCAAAGAACUGCGAGAAAAGUAUGAGAAGGCAGGACAGGAACAUGUUUUUGCAUUCUAUGAUGAGCUCGACAUCUCUGGCAAGGCAUUCCUCUUUGACCAACUAUCCACCUUUGACCCUGACCGAAUCAACACUCUGGCUGACAAGGCCCUGAAACCUACAAAAUCAUCCGAAGAACCACCCUCCCUUGAACCUCUGCCAGACUCUGCAACUGCUUCCCUACUCGACGCUCCUCAAGAUAAGAAGGAUGAGUGGUACAAGUCCGGUCUUGGCCACAUCUCUGAGAACAAGGUUGCUGUUGUGUUGAUGGCGGGUGGUCAAGGAACCCGACUCGGCAGUUCUGAUCCCAAGGGAUGCUUCGACAUUGGUCUACCAAGCAAGAAGUCAUUGUUUCAGGUCCAGGCCGAGAGAAUCAAGAAAGUACAAGAGUUGGCGGCAAAGCAUGCCGGAUUAGAAUCCGCGAAAGAGCCCAUUGUGCCCUGGUAUGUCAUGACAAGUGGUCCAACCAGAAAGCCUACAGAAAAAUUCUUUCAAGACAACGAAUAUUUUGGUCUGGAGAAAGAAAAUGUCAUCAUCUUUGAACAAGGUGUGCUCCCUUGCAUCUCCAAUGAUGGGAAGAUUCUCCUUGAGAGCAAGUCCAAGGUUGCCGUGGCCCCUGAUGGCAACGGCGGUAUCUAUCAAGCGCUCUUGACCUCUGGGGUUCGUGGAGACAUGGAGAAGCGUGGAAUCGAGCACAUCCACGCCUACUGUGUCGACAAUUGCUUGGUCAAGGUCGCUGAUCCUGUCUUCAUUGGAUUUUCUUCCUCAAAGAAAGCUGACAUUGCCACCAAAGUGGUGCGGAAGAGAGCUGCGAAUGAGUCUGUUGGAUUGAUUGUGCAAAAGAACGGCAAACCUGAUGUGGUUGAAUAUUCCGAGAUCGACAAGGAGACAGCCGAGGCCAAAGACGGUUCCGACCUUCUCAAGUUCCGCGCCGCUAACAUUGUCAACCACUACUACUCAUUCAAGUUCUUACAGAGCAUUGAAGAAUGGGCGGACAAGCUCCCACAUCACGUUGCUAGAAAGAAGAUUCCUUAUGUCGACCCCGAAAAUGGCGAGACGAUCAAGCCUGAGAAACCAAACGGUAUCAAACUGGAACAAUUCGUCUUUGAUGUCUUCCCGUUCCUUUCCCUGGAUGAAUUCGCUUGCCUCGAGGUAGACCGCAAGGAGGAGUUCUCACCAUUGAAAAAUGCUCGUGGCACCGGCGAAGACGACCCAGACACCAGCAAGCAGGACAUAAUGGAGCAAGGUGCACGCUGGUUGAAGGAAGCUGGAGCUGUGGUUGUCUCAGAAGGAAGUGCAACCGGUGUGGAAGUUUCGCCUCUCAUCAGCUACGGAGGAGAAGGAUUGGGCUAUCUCAACGAACGAGAGAUUCGAGCCCCUGCUGUCAUUGAGAAGACCAAAGAUGAGAAAUGAUAUGAUUAUGAUACUGUUGUAUGGCAUGACGCGUCGUUUGAACAGAGACACAGAUUUAUAGCGAAACAGAGACAAUUUUUGGCCCAUAGGGAUACCCAACGAUGCCUA